GAGGCAGGCCGGCAGGCAGACGGCCUCGCAGGCGGGUGGCGGCGGCUGUGCUGGCUGCAGAGGGCGGGAGCGAGUGAGUCACUGCGCGCGUGUGAGGGAGGGAAGGAGCGAGGGAGCGAGCAGCCCGCGCCCGCCGCCCUCCCGCAGCUCCCGGCAGCCCCCUCCAGCCCCCGCCACCGCCUGCCCUCCGCCCAGCGUCCAGGCCGGGCCGAGCCGAGCCGGGUCGGGCCCGGGCCAUGCUGCUCACCGUGUACUGUGUGCGGAGGGACCUCUCCGAGGUGACCUUUUCCCUCCAGGUCGACGCCGACUUCGAGCUGCAUAACUUCCGCGCGCUGUGCGAGCUGGAGUCCGGCAUCCCCGCCGCCGAGAGCCAGAUUGUCUAUGCAGAAAGACCUCUCACUGACAACCACAGAUCCCUGGCUUCUUACGGCUUGAAAGAUGGUGAUGUUGUGAUUUUACGGCAGAAGGAGAAUGCAGACCCUCGCCCUCCAGUGCAGUUCUCAAACUUGCCCCGGAUUGACUUCAGUAGUAUAGCUGUGCCUGGCACAUCAAACCCCCAACAGCGCCAGCUUCCCAGAGCGCAGGCUCAGCACUCAUCUCCUGGGGAAACAGCAUCGUCUCCUCAAGGCUUGGACAACCCAGCCCUGCUCCGAGACAUGCUGCUGGCCAACCCGCACGAGCUGUCUUUGCUGAAGGAGCGUAACCCACCCCUGGCAGAAGCUCUGCUCAGUGGAGAUCUUGAGAAAUUUUCUAGGGUUCUGAUAGAGCAGCAGCAGGACCGAGCUCGGAGAGAACAAGAAAGGAUUCGUCUGUUUUCUGCUGACCCCUUUGAUCUUGAAGCUCAGGCAAAGAUAGAAGAAGAUAUAAGGCAGCAGAACAUCGAGGAGAACAUGACGAUCGCUAUGGAGGAGGCCCCGGAGAGCUUCGGCCAGGUCGCCAUGCUCUACAUCAACUGCAGAGUGAACGGGCACCCUGUGAAAGCCUUCGUCGACUCAGGUGCCCAGAUGACUAUUAUGAGCCAGGCUUGUGCAGAAAGGUGUAACAUCAUGAGACUGGUGGACCGUCGGUGGGCUGGCAUAGCAAAAGGUGUAGGCACGCAGAAGAUUAUUGGAAGGGUGCAUCUAGCUCAGGUUCAGAUUGAAGGCGAUUUCCUGGCAUGUUCCUUCUCCAUACUCGAAGAACAGCCUAUGGACAUGCUUCUGGGACUAGACAUGCUUAAACGACAUCAGUGUUCGAUUGACUUGAAGAAAAAUGUACUGGUAAUUGGCACCACAGGCUCACAGACCACCUUCCUUCCUGAGGGGGAGCUACCAGAGUGUGCCCGCUUGGCAUAUGGAACUGGGCGAGAGGACAUACGGCCAGAGGAGAUUGCAGACCAAGAAUUAGCAGAAGCCAUUCAAAAAUCAGCAGAGGAUGCAGAGCGUCAGAAGCCAUGAUGCAUGUAGUGUGUGUGUGCUGCAGCUGGAGUGGGCCCCAGACCAG